AUGCUCAAGUCUACACACAAAGCUCCUCCCCCACUGCCUGCAGGUUGGACAGAGCAUCGUGCUCCCACAGGCCAUCUUUACUACUAUAAUUCCUCCACAAAGCAGUCAACAUAUACCCGUCCCCAGAAUGCUGUCCCGGAGCCUGUUGCACCCCCUCCAGCAAUCUCACAACCAACCUAUACCCCAGAAACAUUGCCUCCAUUUUCUUCAACACCUUACGGGCCGGCAGGAUUCGGUCCUGGGUCAGCGCACUCCGACCCGUCGCAAAGUACCCGUGGAAGAGGGGGUUUCCGUGGUGGGAGAGGCUAUCACGACAAAGGACGAAGAGGACCUGAAGACCGACCUAAAAAAAAGCAUGCCAUUCCAAACUGCGGACCGUGGUUAUUGAUUCGAACGAAGCUCGGGAGAAGAUUUGUCCACAAUCCGGAAACCAAUGAGAGUUUUUGGAAAUUUCCCGAGGAUGUCCUGAAGGGUGUCACUGAGUUUGAUCGCCUCGAACGCGAGAAGAAAGAGAGAAAGGAACGAGGCGAGCCGGAAGAACCGCCGAAGGAACAAUCGCCCAAACCGCAAACUGCUCCCGGGGACCUCAAUGUGACAGUAGAGCAAGGCGACGAACCCAGGGAAAGAGCCUAUGACGACGAUGAAUAUGAGGAGGUCGAAGUUACCGACAGUGAGGGCGAAGAAGGACAACCCUCGAAGCGCACACGCACCGAAAGUGUCGGCGCCGAAGACCAGCCGCUAGAGUUCACCGAAGAGGACAUGGAGUACCAACUAGCGGCGAUGGGCGAAGAUUACGGAUUGGACCCUGGUGAAUACGGCGAGGUUGCAGAGGAGGAUUGGGAAGAGGGCGCAGAAGGUCUACCGCUGACAGAAGCUGAUGCUGAAGCCCUCUUCCGCGACCUACUUGAUGACUACCAAAUUAACCCAUUCACACCAUGGGAAAGCAUCAUCGAAGAGGGUCGUAUUAUUGAAGAUACGAGAUAUACGGCACCAGCGAACAUGAAAGCCAGACGAGAGAUUUUCGCCAACUGGACGAGGGAUCGCAUUCAGCUGGUGAGAGAACAGAAGGCGAAGCAACAAAAGGCCGACCCCCGCAUUAAAUACCUGGAGUUCUUGCAAGAACAUGCCACUCCAAAGCUCUAUUGGCCGGAGUUCAAACGGAAAUAUCGCAAGGAGCCUGAAAUGAAGGACACUCAACUUGGAGACAAAGAUCGGGAGAAAUUCUAUCGCGAUCACAUCUCGCGUCUGAAGCAGCCCGAGAGUACUCGCAAAGCAGAUCUGUCAACCUUGCUCAAAUCUGUUCCAUUGGACUUGCUGCACAGAUCCUCGAACCUUGAAGCUCUGCCAACGGCGAUCAUUACCGAUAUUCGAUACAUCGGGCUUGCGCCCAAAGUGCGCGACCCGUUGAUUGAGGCCUACUUAUCUACUCUGCCCCCUGCACCGGAGGUGCAAAGGUCAGCCGAAGAGAUCGAGGAGCUAGAUCGCAAGCGCGCCGAACGCGAGAAGCGAGAAAAAGCCCUGGCUGAUCGAGAAAAGCGGGUAGAGGAAGAAAAACGCAGACAAAGAGGAGACCUCUUGCGUGGCAAGCAUCUCCUACGCGAAGGCGAGGCCGAAGUUGAAGAGGCCAUGAGAGUCAACAAGGAUGGACUCAGGAGCUACAUGGAGGUCGAUGAGACAAGAAACGAGGAACAGAAGCAGAGUCAAUAG